AUUUCUCGAUUCAAAUUUCAAAUUCGUUGAAUUUGUAGUCUUCUACAUCAGUAAACCGUGAAUGAGCUCCAAAGAGAACCAUGGACAAGGUUGAAUAUACAGCUGUACCAGUGGAUGAUAAUGAAGUGUCGCUGAAACAGACAGUUAAUUAUGAUUCACCUUUUAGAUACGAAUCAGCAUUUGAUUAUCGCUCAGUUGCCAAGUUUAGUAAAGCUUCUUUUCCGUCAAAAUCCUAUUUUACAUUUUCCAAGCAAACAAACCAUGCACAAGAAAAUGCUGCCGCGGACGGCGACUGUCUGACGCGGCUCGUCUCCGGCCUGCUGCUGUUCGUCGUGCUCUCACUGACGGUGCUCACGCUGCCCGUGAGCGGCUGGUGGACGGUGCGCCGGCUCUCGCAGUGGCAGCGGCUGGUCGUGUUCCGUCUGGGGAAGGUGUUGCCGGCGCGUGGGCCCGGCUGGGCGCUGGUGCUGCCUGGCAUUGACACCACUCAGGUGGUGGAUCUGCGCAACAGGAGCAUCCUGGUGCCGCCGCAGCAGCUGCUAACGAGCGACGGCGCGGUGGCCGAGCUUGGUGCCGAGGUGCUGUACCGGGUCUGUGACGCGCACACGUUCGUCGGCUCCUGUGUGGACCCGCAGGCCUCGCUGCGGUCACUGUGCCGCAGUGUUCUGGUCAAUACACUGGCCUCUCAGGAGCUGGCUGCGAUAACGAGAAAGGCCCCGGAGACGGAGGAGGCCGUCCUUCUCUCCAUCAACAGCACCCUGAAAGACUGGGGCAUGGAGGCAUCAUCAGUCAAAUUUUCUGAGGUGAAGGUCCAUAAGGAGGCCGAGCAUCUAUCGGCGGUGAAUCCUCUUCUGCGUCAGCUGGGCGGCAUGCUGGGCGGGGGCGGGGGCGGCGGGCGGACCAUGGUGGCCGGCCAGGCGCCGCUCACCGCCUCCUGGCUGCCGCCGCAGCCGGACGGCGCGACAGCAGCGCCCCUGGCGGCGGGAACACUAGCGCCCCUGGCGGCGGGAACACCAGCGCCUCUGGCGGAGGACUGUGAGACUGCGGCGGCGCUACGGGAGGCCGUGGCGCGGCUGCCCGUCAACACGGGUCUGGCCUCAGGGGUGUUCCGGAUCGAGACCACAUCGCCCGAGGGCCUCUACCACGUGAUUAUUGGAGAAGGUGUGCGCGAUGUGCGCCCGGGACCGUGUCCGGAGCUGACCGCUGACGUCACCGUCACGCUGACCUCGGCUGACCUGCGUCAGCUGAUCAGCGGUCAGCUGAGUCCGGCGGCGGCCUAUAGCGGCGGCCGGCUGCGACUGCAGGGCAACGUCCACCUGUUGAUGGCACUGGGUACGCUGUUCAGGGAGGCAGGGGCGGGGAUAUAGGGCAACGUCCACCUGCUGAUGGCCCUGGGCACACUGUUCAGGGAGGCAGGGGCGGCGGUGUAGGUGGAGAGUGGGUGGGCACAGAGGGCAGGCGAGGGGGACAGGUGCGGGAUCAGUGAGGAGGGAUGAGGAUUGGAGUGGGCAGUGGAGAGGAAGUAUUGUGGGGACUGUAUUAAAUAUGUGACUGGAUUCAAUCGAGAGGGAAAUGGGCGCCGAUGACCGCUGAAAACAAGGUGCUGUAAAAUCACCAAUGAUCAUCAAUCUAUUUAGACGGAAGAGUUAACUACAGGAUAUGAAACAGAUUAAUGAAAUCUUGUGUUGGUUUACGUCAAAUAAUGCCCCAUGUCAUUUGGUGAAUCCAAUGUCUACAAAUGGGACAGUGAAAGCUCUGACCUACCGAUGGUUUAGUUAGAACGCGGCUCCUUGCGUGUUCACUUUACUCAGCCGCUAAGCUCCCGUAACAAGUCACAAUCGAAUGUCUUUCUUUUAAUCACUGCUGUACUGUGGUUAGCGUAAACAUGUGUAGGCACUCCAGUAGUCGUGUUCCGCACUGAUCGGACAAAAUACCGUAACGCUGUGCCUUUGUCAAUGCUCUAGAUGUUGUGUUGUUUGGCACUAGUUUGUAGUGUAAUUUCGUCGGCGUUGACCCAUCCUUGCCUCCUUCCUUAUCAAGAUGUGGCCAUGUAGAUCUCUGUGUCUUGAAGAGACAUGUGGCGUUCGUUUUAUUUUAUAGCACACUGAUUUGCCACCAUGGGCAUUAGGCAUUACUUAUCCCGCCCUUAUGUGUUCUUGGAGGUUGCGUUGCACGGCCUCGCUAAUGUUAAAUAUGCCGCGGCAGAGCAACAGGCUACAUCUAAAGGCCGGUUUUCGCGAGACUGCACCGGCAAUAGACGGCUUUCGUCGCUUUGCCACUGUCUUAAGACCGAAUUAUGUCGUGGUGUUGACUGCCCAUCCACACAGGCCAGGCCACAUAGGCUAGAAGGGCCCCUCCCGGCCACACCCAAUGAUUCGCCCCGGUCCGAUGGGGGCGGUACGUAUCUAGUCGCUGUACCGGCCGGGGGUCCUAUCGCCACUGAUUCAGGCUCUGUGCCGCGUCCGAUUGUGACCCCAAUCCCCACUCAACGGCAGCCCGGGACGCGUGAUAGCCAACCGGGUGGAGGGGUGUCGUGCAACAAUCGCUUGUUUGAACAGUCAGUCUAAGAUUAUACGGUGCUCUUUAUCACGUGAUGCACUAAAGAAUACUUGGUCAUUCGUCAAAUUGGUUUUUAUUUUGUUUGCUUAUGUCUUUGUGAACCAAUUAUGUGUUUUAUCGUUUGUCUUAGCUGCCAGAAAUCAUUACGACUCUCCAGUUUGCCACCCUAGUUGUUAGCAUCGUCGAUUAGUGCAAUUGAUUUGUGUUCACACCCCGAUCAAAUAAGUGGUCAAGUUUUAUGCAAUGUCUGUAAUGUGUUCUUGCGGCACGAAUAUGUUAUGCUGUAACUUGUGAAUGACUCCAAUGUGUUUGGAAUAUAAAUAUGUGAAUUGA